AUGGCGCUUGCAAACCGCUUCGCAUAUCGAUCUUCGUCUCUCCUCCGCCAAUGCAAGGCUCCAGCUUUGCCUGCGAGAGCAUUCACUAGUAGAGCUUCAAUUAAUGGCCUUGUACAUCGUCAACCAGCUCAAGUUUGGAAACAUAGCAAAUAUGCUCGAAUGUUCUCCAGCUCGACACUCCUCAGGGAUCAGUCACAAACCGCGCCUAGUGCAGAAGCAUACUUGAAUAGUGGGGUUGUAAAAGGAGCUGCCAACCCAGUGAACGUGAAGAAGGUCUUGGUCAUUGGAAGUGGUGGCUUGAGUAUUGGUCAAGCAGGAGAAUUCGACUAUUCAGGUUCUCAAGCUUUGAAAGCCUUAAAGGAAGCUGGCGUAGCUUCUGUGCUCAUCAACCCCAACAUUGCAACAAUCCAAACUGCUCACGUUCUUACCGACGAGGUCUACUAUCUUCCAGUCACGCCCGAAUAUGUCACAUACGUUAUUGAGCGUGAGAGGCCCGACGGUAUCUUCCUCACUUUCGGUGGUCAAACAGCUCUCAACCUCGGUGUACAAAUGGAGCGCAUGGGUAUCUUCGAGAGAUAUGGUGUGAAGGUUUUAGGUACCAGCAUCAAGACCCUUGAAACCAGUGAGGAUAGAGAUCUCUUCGCCAAGGCUCUUGGUGAGAUCAAUAUCCCAAUUGCUCAAUCUGUCGCUGUAUCGACGGUGGACGAGGCUUUAGAAGCUGCAAAGGGUAUUGGUUACCCAAUCAUUGUCCGUGCCGCAUACGCUCUUGGUGGUCUUGGUUCUGGUUUUGCAAACAAUGAAGAAGAACUUCGUAACAUGGCCUCUAGAUCUUUGACUCUUUCACCUCAAAUUCUGGUUGAGAAAUCAUUGAAGGGAUGGAAAGAAGUUGAAUAUGAGGUUGUCAGAGAUGCUAGCAACAACUGUAUCACUGUCUGCAACAUGGAAAACUUCGACCCUCUCGGUAUCCACACUGGUGAUUCCAUCGUCGUUGCCCCUAGUCAGACUUUGAGCGACGAGGAAUAUCACAUGCUUCGUUCUGCUGCUAUCAAGAUUGUCAGACAUUUGGGUGUUGUCGGAGAAUGUAACGUUCAGUACGCUUUACAACCCGACGGAUUGGACUACAGAGUUAUUGAAGUUAAUGCUCGUCUUUCUCGAUCAUCUGCUCUUGCCUCCAAGGCAACUGGUUACCCCCUUGCGUAUACUGCUGCCAAGAUCGGACUUGGUCACACUCUUCCCGAGUUACCAAACGCUGUUACCAAGACUACAACUGCCAAUUUCGAGCCUUCUCUUGACUAUAUUGUCUCUAAGAUUCCUAGAUGGGAUUUAUCAAAGUUCCAGCACGUGAAGCGCGACAUCGGCAGCGCCAUGAAGUCUGUUGGUGAAGUUAUGGCUAUUGGUAGAACUUUCGAAGAAUCUAUCCAAAAGGCUAUUCGUCAAGUCGACCCAAGAUUCGUCGGUUUCCAAGGAGACAAAUUUGAUGACCUUGACUACGAACUCCAAAAUCCCACCGAUCGUCGUUGGUUAGCUGUUGGUCAAGCCAUGCUUCACGAGAACUACUCAGUCGACCGUGUACACGACCUUACCAAGAUUGAUAAAUGGUUCUUGUACAAGCUUCAGAACAUUGUUGAUUGUACCCGUGAGCUUGAGGAUAUUGGUAAUCUUGAUGGACUGAAGAAGGAAAUCAUUCAAAAGGCCAAAAAACUGGGUUUCUCUGACAAACAAAUCGCCAAUGCCGUUAACUCCACUGAAGAUGAAGUUCGGGCUCGCAGAAAGAGCUUUGGUAUCACUCCCUUCGUCAAGAGAAUUGAUACUCUUGCUGCCGAGUUUCCAGGUUCGUAA